AUGUUAGCUGUCAAAUCAAAACGGUCUUCCGAAAUUACCCGAAUGUUUUAAAUAUUUUGAAUUCAAAGUUAUAUUCAUCAAAAUUAGUUAUGAAUAAUCUAAAUAUGGACUUGGUUUUAUUUCGUGGCAAUGGCAGAGAACCAGCUAGUAACGUGAAAACAUUCAUUCUACCCGAUAAAUGUUUCGAAAAAGGCGUGGGAUGUGCGUGGAGGAAUGGCAACAAAUUUGCAAUAUAUCCUCGAAGUCAAACGCCGAGCAAAACAGCGUCUACCGAUGUUGACAACAAGAUCCUAAACAUUCGCCAAGAUGUGCUCUUAUUCACUUCAAUCUUACGGAAAUUAGUGAACGAGAGUAACGGGACGUACCUAUUAUUACAAAAGGCUGCAGAAACUGCAAAAACAACCGACAAUCAAGUUGAAUUUUUGAAAUUAUCACGACAAUACCGCUCCAUAAUCCGAGUAUGCAUAGAAAAUCUACAAGAAGCAUUGUCGAGAGUGCAAGAUGGCGUAGAGAAGAAUAAUUUGCUGUCAUACAUAACAAUACUAUACUCAAUAGAAUGCAUUUGGCACUUGUGCGAGAUAUUGUAUAUUGACAACAUUCCCGGUGAUAUUGUGUUGCCAUAUUUGCUGGAGUGGGUACGAUUCCACUUUCCGUGCCAUGAGCAGACCGCGUCGCACCUACUGGAGGCGUGCGAGCGGGGCUCCGAGGACCAUCAAGACUACUGGAUCACCGUCAUAGGCAUGGUGGUGCAAGGGAGAGUGGACGUGGCCAGGGCACUCAUGAAACUGCACUCGGCUGCUGAAACCAAUGAGUUCAAGCUGGUCGACAAUUCUUUGAGGAGCAUGCCGGUAUAUAGUGUGAGUAUCCGUCACCAAAUCAGCGAUAGACUAUUGCAGACAUCAGCUCCCUAAAAAUCCAGCAAUCGGAAUUGGUAAAGCUCCUAAAAUCCGUAGAUAAAAAUAAAUCUGCAGGACCAGACGGUGUAUCUCCAGUGCUUAUAUCCAAAUGUGCUAAAAGUUUAUCUCUUCCACUUACUAUACUGUUUAGACGCUCAUUCAACGAAGGGCUAGUUCCUUUAAUUUGGAAAUCAGCGUAUAUCACCCCCAUAUUUAAAAAGGGUCAUAGAGAACAGGUAGAGAAUUACAGACCUAUAUCGAAGCUCUGUAUAUUUGCCAAAAUUAUGGAAAAAAUUGUUUACUCCGCAGUAUAUCAUACCAUCAAGCAAUCACUAAGUGAUUACCAGCACGGUUUCUUGAGAAAUAGAUCUACUGUUUCGAAUCUCCUCCUCUGCUCAGACUAUCUCACGAAAUUCAUGUCGGAGCCCUCACAAGUUGAUGUAGUUUACACCGACUACAGCAAAGCGUUUGAUCGGAUAGACCAUUCUAUCCUAUUAAAUAAGCUAUUGGACGUUGGUAUUAGAGGAGAUUUAUUCAGAUGGUUCAAAUCUUAUAUAGAGAAUCGUUGUCAGACAGUAGUUCUAAAUGGUUUUACAUCGGCCACAGUGCAAAUUCCAUCAGGGAUUCCACAGGGAUCAUUAUUAGGCCCGUUACUAUUUAUUAUAUUUAUUAAUGACAUAGGGUCAUGUUUCGCUCAUUCCAAAAUAAUUCUUUAUGCUGAUGACAUGAAAAUUCUUUGUACUAUCUCGCAGGCUUCUGACUGUCUUAGCCUUCAACAAGAUCUAUUAGAGCUACAAAAAUACUGCCAACGCAAUAAACUUGAGCUUAAUGUAUCUAAGUGCUUCGUCGUUUCUUUCACUCGCAAGCCUAACCCCACUACCUAUAAUUAUAGACUGCAUGGAUCCCUCUUAGAUAAGAAGAACGUAGUGAAAGAUCUUGGUGUUACAUUUGAUUCAAAAUUACUUUUGAUAUUCACAUCGAGAAUAUCAUAAAAAAAGCAAAUAAAGCACUUGGCUUCAUUUUGAGAUUUUCUUCAGAAUUUAAAAGUGUCAAAACAUUUAAAAUACUUUACUGUUCGUUUGUCCAUACCCACUUGGAAUACGCUUCACAGGUAUGGAACCCGAUCUAUAGCAUUUAUAUCGACAGAAUUGAACGCGUACAGAAACGUUUUCUACGUUUCAUGCAGUUUAAGCUUAAGCUACAUAAAAUGUAUUCAUCAGAUUAUAUAGAUCGAUGUAAAAAGCUUCACUUUUUACCCCUUUACGAACGUAGGCGAGUGGCAGACUUGGUGUACCUAUUCAAAAUUUUUAACGGGACCAUUGACUGCCCAGAUUUGCUUGGUAGUUUUGGAUUAAUAACGCGAUCUAUAUUGUUACGUAAACCAAGCCUCCUCUAUACACCCCCUGUAACCACCGCGUAUAGGCACAACUGCUUCACGAUUCGUGCAUGUAAGAGCUUUAACGAACUCUGCGGUGAUUUUGAUUUAGACUUGUUCGCUACCAGUGUCUCUCAACUAAAGAAAAACUUUGCUAACAAAUUUUUUGCUUAGUUUGUAUGGAGCGUGGUGAAUUUGUACAUGUAAUUUAAUUAUUUUUUUUCUUUUCUAUGUAGAUUAACCGACCUUUACCUUUUUUUAUCUUACUCUACUUGUGAAAACUUGUAAAUGGCCUUCUUAUUGUUAUUUUUGUUAAUAUUGUAGUAUCUAGCUGUAAGUUUUCCGAAUAAAUAU